CAAGAAAUCAAGAGCGAAAGCACAACGCGGAUGACAUUGAAUUGGAAAGCGAAUACGAAAAUUCGUUUCGGGUGUUUUUGUGUAUAGUUUUCGUGUGAUUAUAUACCUAUAAAGCAUAGGAUCAAGAACCAUUAUAAUGAAACAGAUUCUGUGGACGUCAGUAGCCGUCCUGGUGUGCCUUGUUUUCGCUGGAACCGAGUGCCGGACGUUGGAAAAACGGGACGCCGAUCCCAGCAUAGAUCCUCACGGUUCACAUGAAUAUAAUGACGAUCAGUUUAGGGACAAGCGAAAAAUCGAGGCAGUGGUCGGAGUUAAAAACGCUAUUUUAGGCUUCGUUUUUGACAAAAUCAAUAAGUUUAUCGACCAAAAAACCGCUUGGGUGGACCAGCUGGACAAGCAAAACAUCGCCAAAAACAAGGCGCACCACAUUGAACCUCCAAGCGAUCCAGUUGUAUCUCUUUCCAGCAUCCUGUCCAGUGCGAUUGGUUCCAAAUUGGAAGCCGCUGCUCCAUUGUUGAACAUUAGACAACGUCGCUCUCCUAAAUCGGCCCUUUACGGUUUCGCUUGGGACCGAACAACAACCCCCAAGGGCCCAACAACCACCGAAGAUGUGGUCCUUUUCACCCCAGGCAAACCGGUAUCUCUAGAACUACCAGGCGAAUUAUUCGGUUCUUCAUUUACUUUGGUUACCAACUUGUCUACUACAGUGGGCGAUUACAUGGUGAACUCAGCCAUAAGACUACAAAGGUUGUUGGAAUCAAUGCGGCCCUUUCUAAGGUUCGUUUUUGGUGCUAAAGGAAUUGUAAUCGAAGGACCUACAGAUAAGCCAAUAUUCUCGGACCCAAAUGAAGUAAAAGAUAAUAAUUUGUAAUGCAAUACUUAGGAAUUUAACUUGAUUACCCAAUAUAUGCAUACCGAAUGGGUAAUGAACGGCCGCAUGAACGCACACAUGUUCGAAUUAUGUAUACCUACACUUUUAGCUAAUUUCCAAAGAUAGAAAUUUUGUUAAUUAAUUAAAAAUUUGU